UUGGCUCAGCGGUAGUUCACGGGCGCGAAUUGAAAACUCAGCGCCCAUGGAGUAGUUUCGGAGGUAGAAGAGGCCGUCCACGGGAUGGCAACGAAUUUGAGCCGAUCAGGCAGCCUGGGCAAUGCUGGCGUGGCCAGCGUUGCCUUCUUGGUCGCGGUGGCCGCCAUUUUUGCCUCGGCCUUAGCAGCAACUGGUGCGGCGGCCGCAGCUGGCGCGGGCAUUGCUGUGCUGGCUGCAACCGGGGCCGCGUUGACCGGUGUGAGGAGCGGCGAUGAGCCUUGCUGGGCGAGCCACUGUGGGCGUCAGGAUCGCUUAAGCUCAGAGCUGGUAUUGCCUGCAGCUCCGCACGUCGAGCUGGACGUGUCCGAGUCACUGCCCUGCGGGACGCGCUCGGAGAAGGUGCGGAGGGUGCGUUUCAAUCUCACCCAGAACACGGUGCAUGAGAUCACCCCCUACUCCGAGAUCUACGGUAUGCAUCCGCGGCUCUUGGGAAUUCAAGAAGGGGCUUCAUGCCUGGAACCGAUUGAUGAGAUGGAUGAGGAUGAGGAGAAUGAGGAUAAUGAUAAUGAGGAUAGCUUCGAUGCUCUCGCCUUGCACCUCCCAGGGGUGCUGGCGAAGGCGUCCAAGAAUGCGUGGCCUUUGCUGCUGUUGAGUGUCUUUUGGCUUUGGGCCUUGGGCUCCAAGACCUUGCUCGAGCUUUGUGGCUCUUCUGUGGACCUCGCAGCAGUUGGUGCCAACUGAUGCCGCGUAGCACGGAACCCCACUAGAAAGGAAAGGCAGUCGACCAGAACUGCACAGCUGCACAGUAUGUGCUAAGCUGCUCUAAGCUGUGUCACUUCGGCGAAAGUUGGAGAAUCAGUUAUUGUGUAGGUGAGAUCAUGAUCAUUUGAGGCACUCUGUAGCAACCAACCGUUGGAGAAACAGUCAAGAAGAUCGUCAAAGACCCAUUGAGAAAUGCAUGAAUACUUCAAAACGUGUUCGGCGAGUUCAGAGUAGAUGGUAAGAAACCACAUUGGAGAGGGGUCCAUCCUCGCUUCAUUGUUUGGUGCCUGUGCCGUCCACGGUGAAUCUACUCCCAUGUUGGAGGCCCAAGCUCAUCAGUGCUACCGGACCAAGCUCAUUCCAAACAUGUCAUAGUGCCCUUCUGACUUGGCCCCAUGCGGCGAGACCGGUGCGGUCCCCCUGUGGAAGGCUCGGACCAAGCCAUGAGAAAC